AUGGCGCCCGAGAUGCACCGGGGUCGAGCGUAUGGCGAGCAAGUCGACUGGUGGGCAUUGGGUGUUGUUUUCUACGAGUGUGUCUACGGCCAAAUACCGUUCAACGGCAAACGUAGAGAGGAUAUGGUUCGAUCCAUGUUAAGCGGACCACAGUACGACACCACACUUGUCUCAAUAGACUGUAAUUCGGCCAUCGCCCAGUUUCUGGAAUUCUACCCCUGUCAGAGGAUUCGCGAUUCCAGCGAUGUCUUCAAGCUUCCGUAUUUCAAGGGAUACACGUCAGCCAGCCUUCACCAGAUGUACCGCGACCACAAAAACGGUGCAUUCAAAGUCCCCGAUCACGAUUUCUUCGGCCUGACCAGAAAAUACGACCAAAGAGCUGUUCUUGCCCUAGAGUACCAGAACUGGAGUUCACGAAAAGACAAAAGACGCAGCGAAAAGUCGAAUCGCGCAACCAAACUCAUGAACACAAUCGCCGGCUACGGAGGCAAACUGAACGGUUACUUCCGCCAUCCGCACCGACCGCUGGCCGACGUGCCAACCACCGACACCCAACUGUUCAAAACAUACGUCCACAGUCACUCGACCGACUCGGACGAGACCCUCCAAAACGACGACCUGUGCACGCUCUGA